AUGGUCCGAAUUGUCACCAGGCUAUUGCAUUACGACGAAUCGGACAACAACUUCACAAUCUGGGACCAGAAACAGUUGGAGACGCUGUAUGCCUGCCGCGUCGAGCCCGCUUCCGCCGAUGAGGUUUCGAAAGUCCUGCAAGUGCUCGUGAAUAGCUGGUGUAAGUUCGCCGUAAGAUGCGGGGGCCACUCACGAUACCCGGACGACUCCGUCUCCAUUGGCGGAGUCACCAUCGACCUAGGCUUGAUGAAUACCACCAUUGUGUCUGAUGAACGAACGACCGCCCGUGUCGGCGGAGGAGCUCUUUCGCGCCAAGUCUUCGCUGCUCUGGAUCCAUACGGCUUGGCCUAUAUCGGGGGCAGAGUCGGACAAGUCGGCAUGGGCGGCUUCACAAUUGGUGGUGGCACGUCCGUUCUCGCAGCAAAGUACGGGUGGGCCCUCGACAACGUCUUAGAAUAUGAAGUAAGCCAACUCAUCUUGGCCUCAGAAAUCCUUUGCUUACCCUAUAAGGUUGUACUGGCCAACUCCACGAUUGUGACGGCAUCCGAAAACUCCCACGCAGACUUAUAUUAUGCCCUUCGAGGGGGUGGGAACAACUUCGGCAUUGUCACAUCGUUCAACGUCAAUGUGUUCCCGCAAGGCCCUGUGUACACUGGAUCACGAUCCUUUGCCGACAACCAGACGAAUCGUUUCUUCGAAGAGGCUGAGAAGAUUUUCACUCUUGAGGACUCAGUAGAUACCAACGUCGGUUUCGAAUACAGAUAUACUUACUCUGGCCAAGAAGGAUGGACAAUGUCAAGUACACAACGUUACGCCGAACCUGUCAUGAACCCUGCUGUGUUUGAUGCUCUCAAUAGUGUCCCGGCUCUGGGAAAUCUCACGGGAGCCAUUAACACUCUGGCGAGCAGCACAAGCUUAGGUGGGCCUCUGGGAACUACAAGGAACGUCUUCGCCUCUUUGACACAUUACCCUUCCAUCGAGCUAAGCAAGGAAGGCAUUGCCAUUCUCAAGGAAAUGACGGAAAAGGGGAAUCUGACCGGUCUUAAUCCGCAACUGAUCUCAUAUUCGAUCCCCACCGCGACGAUGGAGAUGUCGAGGACACGAGGGGGUAACGCCCUCGGCCUUGACGUCGAAGGCCAUCUCAUCAUCAACCUCCUUUCUUUGACCUGGCUCGAUAGAAAUAUGGACAGUGCUGGAUAUGCCUUCGCGGAUAGCUUCAUCUCUGAAUUUCGAGAAGCUGCAGAGAAAUUCGACGUGUUCCAUCCCUACAUCUACAUCAAUUAUGCGAACAAGGGUCAAGAUGUUUUUGGCGGUUAUGGCGAGGAAAACCGACAGAGGCUCAUUGAGAUCUCGAAAGCAGUUGAUCCCAAUGGUGUUUUUACGUCUUCGGGACUUUGGACCGGCUUCUUCAAGGUACGAUGA